UGCGGGAAACAAAUGAACAGCCAGGAGAAGGCCAGCAUUUCCCAGCCCCUUGGGGAGCUGGAGUGGGCAGCGCCAACCGGUUCCCUGUGGUGGCAGCUUGUUCCACUGCCAGCACCUGACCCAGGCGGUGCCUUUGCCUUGGGAAGGUCGGGUGGGGCGACAGAAGGAGAUGACCAGGGAGGCAUGUAGACUGGGAAGGAAUUCCAGCCAGCGGCUCAAAGGCUUUCGUCUCUCGCAGCCAUGAAGCACAGGGCCUUUUGGACUGCACUGGAAUACACCUGCCGACUGCUGGGCAUCUCCACGGCAGCAGUGCUGGUUGGAGUGGGAGUGGAGACCCUGCAGCGCGGGCAGUUCCAGAGCCUGGCUGUCUACCUGCUUUUCUCAGGGGCAGCGGUUUCCAUCUGCGAAGUCUCCUUCUUCGUCAGCCUGCUCCUGGGCGUGUGUAUCACCUGCCAGCCGGGCUCCCUUGCACACGCCUUCUGGAAGCGAAGCACCCAGCCAGCAAGCUUCCAGAAAUUCCUGGGUUACGUGCUGCUCUCGGUAGCCUGCUUCCUGCAUCCUGUCCUGGUCUGGCACGUCACCAUCCCCGGCUCCAUGCUGGUGCUGACUGGCUUGGCCUACUUCCUGCUGAGCAAGCGGAAGAAGAGCCCGGUGCAUGGGGAGGUGCGGGGGCCACGGGAGCAGUAUGUGGACCCUUGUGCCACGGCUGCCACCUCCAUGGGCUGUGGGGACACCGAGCAGACCUUCACCUUCCCCGGGGGAAGCCGAGAGCAGUGCGCCUCCCUGCUCGGCCACAUGAAGAGCAUCCUGAAGGGCAGCAAGGACAAGGGUGCUGGCUGGCUGGCCGAGCCCACCCCAUCUCCACCCACCACCACCCCACCCACCCUGGCCCCAGACAAGCAGGUGCACUUCCAAGAGAAGCUGGUGAGGAUCAUCCCCUCUGUCAGCGAGAGCCCAGACGAGGCGGAGAGCGAGGCCGAGGAGACCACAUCCGACACAGCCCCAAUCCUCGGGCCCCCGGAGACCCCACUCCUCGUCACGCCCCUCAGUGCCACAGGCCUGUUCUGAGCACCUGCCCACCUUGCCCGCAGCCUGGGGCGAGUGGCAACAGCCUGCAACUCCCCACCUGCUGGCCUGGGGCCUGGCUUCAGGGCUCAGACAUGCACCUCCUGUGGCCCAGGCACCAUGGGAAAAGCUGACCUAUCUGGAGCAGGGCAGUCCCCACCAGGUGGGGUCCUGGUGCCCACGAUCUCAGCCAACCCGCCAACAACUAACGCUGCUGCCGGCUGGAGGGCAGGGCUGGCAAGUGCAGUGCCAGCUUCCGGGGCUGGCUGCAGCGCUGACAUUCAGAGAGCCGUCCUGGAUAGUCACCUGCUGGGGCCAGACUAGCCUCUGGGCAAAGCCCUUCAGUUCCCAUCUUUAUUUAGUUGAACGGUUCCUGGGGCUUGAUCGGUGUGUGUUCCAAACACCGCAAACGGGUGGAAAUCAGGGCAGACAAAUCCACUUCCUAGUUUUCUGGGUAAAUAUCAGGGUUAAUUUUAAGAGGGUUGGGAGGGAUGGAAAAAGAGCACAAAACCAAGCCCAGACAGAGUGGUGAACUGACAGCCCUUUCAUGCUGUGGUUUAUGUCGUAAUCUGUACAUCAGCUGUACAUGCACAGGUGAGUGUGUCUGUCUGUCUUUCACUCUGUUGCCUUCCUUUAACAGGCAGCCUCACAGUCACACUGCCACUAACUUACUAUUAACAGAGAGGCAUCUGCUAGUGGGAUGGGUUCGAUUUUUUUAACCUAAUCAUUAUUUCUAUGUACUUGAGCUGUCCAAAAUUCAGAUGAAAAUCAGUUAAAACCAAAUAAUAGCUUUGGUAAAACCCUGGGCACUGCCCGCCCACUCCCCGUGGGAUGCAUGCAGGCUCUGCCCUGGUGGGCUGAGCCAGACUCGGCUCAGCAUAUUUUCAGGACAGUGAAGCCUUUGCUCUCAGACAUUUUCCAGCCCCUUUGUCGGCAUCUGCUCAGUGCUAGAUGGUCGUACCAAUGGAGUUGCAGCAUCUGCCCUAGCCCCCCACU